AUGGCAAGUCUCGCACGCCUUUGUGAACUCACCGUGAAACUUCAAAAUCGGAUGAUUGUCUUGCUGAGUCGAGCACGCUUGGGGAUCGGACCGCAUAUCGGUCGUGAGCUUCCGAUUUGCUGCCCUGAACAUCGAACGUCUGUAGCUGUUGCAAAAGAAGAGCGAGACUUGAAGCUUAGAUUUUGCACUGUAGUGUGCUCGGUAGACCUUGAAGACUACCACAGCUAUCGCAACUCUAUCAAAUGUGACGGACACAGAAGAAAGCCUGACGUAGAGAAACACAAUCAACAGUGUCAUGUGAAGGUCGAGUCGCCUUGCAGUCGUCACCCUCGAGAACUGGUGUGCUCCAAUGUGACGGCUUCUGCGCGAGGAAUGUACAUUGAUAAAGCUUUGGAGAAGACGGAGGUCAUGGUUGGUGUGCAACAAAGAGGCUAUCGCACCGCACGAGUACUCGGAGUGCAAACGCGUUCUGAAAUGCACGUGCAGCGAGUUUGGUCGAUCCAUGCAUUGAAAAGAUUGAGUUCACACCGCCUUGUCAGCAGGAUAUCACUAUCAUGUCACGACCGUCAGGACUGCGCCAGCGGAAUGCGUAAGUUUGUAUGCAAGGAGAAAGUCAGGAUGUCAUUGCCUCGAUGCAGCCACGAGAUGGCUGCGUCUUGCUCGACAGCAGAAACGCUAAAGAAAUGGUCUGGCGAGUCGUGCGCGACAAUUGGCGUCGUCCAAGAAGGCAACACAUGUGAGCGGGCAUUUGAGCUUGCGCAGAGUCCGUCGCGCGGCCAGGAACAAGUUGUGUUGACGAAUCCGGAAUGCGGUCAUGAAUACUCUACGACGUGUUUUGAAGGAAAAAGACUCCAGGAAAAGGUCGCACAAUGGUCGAAGAAGAUGGAAGAUGUUGAUCCGUUGGAAAUUUGCAAGAGGGUGAUUCUAGCAAGUAUCGUAAUUGCGAGCUCAAUAUCCAAUGCAGUCGUGAAGUGGUGUACAUUCGUGCCUGUGGUCACAAGGCAAACAUGA